GGUUCAGAAAUUCAUAGUUUCGAAAGAUAUACAUAGUUGUCUUUUUGUUUGCGUUCAGCUUGACGGUUGUACAGAACAGAGAAUUUAUAUUUGAAAAUUAAAUGUAAAAGACUCAACAGCCGCUGAAAGGUCAUCAUAGGCCUUACAGUCUGGUUACGUGAAUAUUUCGAAUAAACUGAAUCGACGAUUUUUCUAAGAACGUUGAUUCUCCUGUCAAAAGAUAUUCUCCUAUAUCUUCGUUUUGUAAGAUUUUGAAACAUGGAACAAGACACAGAAUAUAUCAAAUUACCACUAGAAGAAAGAUGUGUGCAUAAGUUAUGGAGGGCUCGUUUGCAUGGAUAUAAAGAAUGUGUAAAUACAUUCCAAUGUAUCGAUGAUGAAAAAUCUCCAGAGUGGAACAAGUUUUUAGGAUUUAUUAAAAAGUUUGUGGUAGACAGUAAUGCAGUUGCUCAAGAAAAAGGAUUGGAAGCAGCAUUAGCUUUCAUAGAAAAUGCUGCGGUAGCAGGGAAAACUGUUGGUGAAGUUAUGAGUGGAAUAGUUACUAAAUGUAUUGCUGCACCUAAAGCUAAAACAAAAGAGUUAGCAGUACAAAUAACACUGAUGUAUAUAGAAAUCGAAAAACAUGAAGCUGUUCAAGAAGAGUUAUUAAAGGGGACAGAAGCAAAAAAUCCAAAAAUUGUUGCUGCAUGUAUUUCUACUUUAACAUUGGCUUUAAGACAAUUUGGACCAAAAGUAAUUAAUAUAAAGCCUUUAAUGAAGAAGAUUCCUGGUUUUCUUGAAGAUAGAGACAAAACUGUCAGAGAUGAAGGAAAAUUCAUGGUUAUUGAAAUUUACAGAUGGAUAGGAGCUCCUUUAAAACAACAGUUGAAUACAUUAAAACCAGUACAAAUUACGGAAUUGGAGGCAGAGUUUAAUAAUUUAAAAGAAGAAAAAGUUGUUCCUACUCGAUUUUUGAAAUCGCAAAAGCCUAAGGCGAUAUGUAUUACAGAUUCUACAAGUGAUAUCGGUGAAGAGGGCAAAGAUGAUGGUGAUAGCGUUUCUGCUCCUGACAUUGAUCCUUAUGAAUUGUUGGAACCUGUUGAUAUACUUUCUAAACUUCCAAAAGAUUUUUAUGAAAAACUUGAAGCUAAAAAAUGGCAAGAACGGAAAGAAGCCUUAGAAGCAUUAGAUGCUCUCGUAAAAAAUCCUAAAUUGGAAAAUGGUGAUUAUGGAGAUGUUGUAAGAGCUUUGAAAAAGAUCAUAUCCAAAGAUACUAACGUAUUAGUGGUUGCAUUGGCUGGAAAAUGUUUGGCAGGAUUAGCAGGCGGUCUAAAAAAGAGAUUUCAACCUUAUGCAACUGCGUGUUUGUCAUCAAUUUUGGAAAAGUUUCGUGAAAAGAAACAAAACGUUGUGCAAGCACUUAGAGAAGCUGCAGAUGCUAUUUUUCUUAGUGUUUCUAUUGAUCUUAUACUAGAAGAUACACUUGCUGCAUUAGAGAACAAAAAUCCUGCAGUAAAAGCAGAAACGGCUGCUUAUUUAGCAAGAUGUUUUUCACAUACUCCACCACCAACUUUAAAUAAAAAGCUAUUAAAGGCUUAUACUGGUGUACUUUUGAAAACCUUAAAUGAACCAGAUCCAACUGUUCGAGAUAGUUCUGCAGAAGCACUUGGCACAGCUAUGAAAUUAAUUGGUGAAAAAUCUAUGAUGCCAUUUCUUACGGAUAUAGAUAAUUUGAAAAUGACUAAGAUAAAAGAAUGCGCAGACAAAGCUGUAAUUCAUGUUAAAGUUCCUAGUGCACCAAAAGUAGUAGAAAGACCAAAUACUGCUCCAAGUAAAAUUGAAUCAACAGCAAAAGCUAAAGAGCUAGAGUCGAAAACCACAAAAAGACCUAAUACUAGUACAACUAAAAAACUUCCUUCUAAGAAACCAUCUGCUUCUUUAACUAAUUUAGCUGUUUCUAAAAAGUCAUCUGGUACAAAACUUCAAAUAGAAAAAAAUUAUAGUGUUGAAGAGAUAGAAGAAAUGGCUAUUCAAAUGCUACCAGCUGAUAUCCUUAGUGGUCUUGUUGACAGCAAUUGGAAGACUCGGUUAGCUGCAGUUGAGCAACUUUUGGAGUUUGUAAAGCAAAUAGAUCCAAUGGAAAUACCUAUACAAGUGAUUGUACGAACCUUAGCAAAGAAACCAGGUUUCAAAGAUACAAAUUUCCAAGUUCUAAAAUUGAGAUUAGAGAUAGUAAAGUUUUUGGCAGAAAAUUUUCCGUUUUCAACUACUGUUUGUGAAUAUUGUGUCAUGGACAUAGCUGAAAAAUUAGGCGACGCGAAAAAUAGCGCAGUUGCCGGCGAAACUCUUUUAGUAAUAGCAGAAGCAACAAGCUUGGAAUAUGUGGCACAAGAAAUAGUAGCAUUUGCUUUUAAUCAAAAAAAUCCUAAAGUUCAACAAGAAACAUUAGCGUUAUUAUGUAGGGGUCUUAUAGAAUUUGGAUGUGUUAUCAAUGUUAAAUCCUUAAUGGAAAAUAUAAAAAAGGCAGUUGCCGCCACAAAUCCUGGUGUUCGUACUUCAGCUAUUACAUUAUUAGGUACAUUAUACUUAUUUAUGGGUAAACCACUACUUAUGUUUUUUGAGAAUGAGAAACCAGCUUUACGUCAACAAAUUGAACAAGAAUGUGAAAAGCACAAUGGUGAGUCACCACCUGUUCCAAUUCGUGGGAUAAAGAGCAAAAAGGAUAAAACAAGCGAUGAUGAUGAAGAUGUAGAAAUGGACAAAAAAUCUAGUAGUAAUAGUGAAACUGAUAUUAAUAAUCUUAUUCCACGUGCUGAUAUUAGUAAUCAAAUUACAGAAGGUCUUCUUAAUGAACUAACUGAUAAAAAUUGGAAGGUACGAAAUGAAGGCUUACAAAAAAUAAAUGCCAUUAUAUCUGAGGCAAAAUUUAUAAAAGGUUCUAUUGGUGAUUUACCACAAGGUUUGGCACUACGAUUAGUUGAUAGCAAUAGUAAAAUAGCUCAGUCAACUUUAGGGAUAUGUCAAGCUUUAGCUGUUGCAAUGGGUCCUCCAGCAAAACAACAUAUUCGAGUCCUAUUCCCCGGCUUUAUACAAUGUUUAGGUGAUAACAAAAAUUGGAUUAGAACUGCAGCUAUUUCUUGCAUAAAUACAUGGGGAGAUCAAUGUGGUUAUAAAGAAUUUUUUGAUGGUGAAAUGAUUGGAGAUGCUUUGAAAUCUGGGUCACCACUACUUAGAGCUGAGGUUUGGGGUUGGUUAGCACAAAAAUUACCAUUGAUUCCUAUAAAACAAAUACCAAAAGAAGAACUUCUUGUAUGUCUUCCGUAUUUGUACAAUAAUUUAGAGGAUCGUAAUUCCGAUGUGCGGAAAAAUGCUCAAGAAGCAGUUUUAGGAUUUAUGAUUCAUCUUUCUUAUGAAGUAAUGGCUAGAAAUACAGAAAAACUGAAACCUGGUUCACGAACAGUAGUACUUACUGCGUUAGAUAAAUCUCGACCGAAUUUGCCUAUAAAACCUCUGCCGAAAAAACAAGCACCAAAGGAAAAUCAGAAAACUGUUAAAAGUGCUGGAGCUUUGAAAGCUGCAAAAGCAGUAGUAAAACCUAAUCAAAAACAACCAACAUCAAAACCUGGUAGUGCUCGUAAAAAAGAUGAUGAUGUGGAUACAAGUCCUUUAUUGGCUACUAAUAAUUUGAAACAUCAAAGAGUGAUCGACGAACAAAAGUUAAAAGUCUUAAAAUGGAAUUUUACGACACCAAGGGAAGAAUUUGUUGAACUUUUAAAAGAACUUAUGACUGCUGCAAACGUAAAUAAAACUUUAUUAGCCAAUAUGUUUCAUUCUGAUUUUCGAUAUCAUCUUAAAGCAAUUGAGGCAUUAACCGAGGAUUUGCCCGAUAAUAGUAAAGCAUUGGUAUCGAAUUUAGACCUUAUUCUCAAGUGGUUGACGCUACGAUUUUUUGACACUAAUCCUUCAGUACUAUUAAAAGGUUUAGAGUAUUUGAGAAUGGUAUUUGAUUUAUUAAUAGAAAACCAGUAUCAUAUGUUGGAAAAUGAGGCCGCAUCGUUUAUUCCAUAUCUCAUUAUCAAAAUUGGCGAUCCAAAAGAUGCAGUGCGUAAUGGAGUUCGUGCUUUAUUUAAACAAAUAGCAUUGGUGUAUCCAGUGAGCAAAUUAUUUUCUUAUGUAAUGGAAGGCUUAAAAUCUAAAAAUGCUCGGCAGAGAACAGAAUGCUUAGAUCAACUUGGUUCUCUUAUUGAAAAUUAUGGAUUGUCAGUUUGCCAACCAUCUACAUCUGUGGCACUAAAAGAAAUUGCCAAACAAAUAGCAGAUCGUGAUAAUUCUGUUCGAAAUGCUGCUUUAAAUUGCAUUGUUCAAGCAUAUUUUCUUCAAGGGGAACGAAUAUACAAACUUAUUGGUCAGAUAUCUGAAAAAGAUCAAUCAUUAUUGGAUGAGCGUAUUAAAAGAGCUGCUAAAAAUUACCCAGUAAAAUUAGCCUCUGCCAAUAGACUUUCAACACCUUCAAAUGCAACACCUAUUCCUUCUAAUGAAGAUGUUAAAAGUUCUAAUGAAGAAUAUGAAGAAGAAAAUGAUGAAAUACCUGAAUCACCACAGCCACCUGUACCACCUCAAUCUAAUGAACUAAAUUCUCCAACUUCGGCACAACCAAAAGUUUCAGGUCCAUUUGGACUUGACAUGGAUUUUUUACAAAGAAUUGAAUUAAAUGCACCUGUAAAGUAUAGUAAUCCUGUUCUGGUAGAAAUUGAUUUAACAGAUCUAAAUGAAAAUCCCACAACAAACACAAUGAAUAUACAUAAAGUACCAGUUAUUCCUAUGUCCCCUCCAAAAUUAUUAGUAUCAAAAUCUGCAUCAAUGACGCAGCAGCAGCUGGGCACUGGUAAUACUAGCAAAGAGGAAAGUCUUGAACGUAAAAUUCUUGCAAUGGCUAGUUUAGAUUUGGCUGUUGCAAUACAAUCAAUGAACAGCAUCGAUAAUCUGAUAAAAUCUCAUCAAUUUUUGAGUUUACAAUCUAAGGAAGAUAAAUUUAUUGGUUCGAUAAAUAUGCAAUUAAAACUUUUGCAAACUUAUCCUUUACAACAAGGAGGUGCAGAUAUAUCUAAAGGUUUUAGAAAUACAUUUAUGGUUUUAUUAGCGUUUUACGAUACUGGGAUUCUUGGAAAGAACGUUCCAUUAAUACAUCUGAAAGAACUUGUGGAUCAAAUGAUCAGCUUAUUAGCAGAGAACAAACUAAAUCAUUUACACCAGGCAGAAGCAUAUUAUCGCGUUAUUAACAACAUUGUUUGUAAAAUAAUAGACAACUCAAAUCAUACUACUAUCAUAUGUGUUUUAAUAAAAUUACUUCAUGGAUGUGCUGAAUCUGCUGCUCCAUCCAAAUAUGAGGAACUAGUAAUGAAGUGUUUAUGGAAAAUAGUGAAAACAAUCCCUAAUUGGGCUGCAGAUUUAGAUUAUGACACUAUUCUUUUAGAAGUACAUCGGUUCCUUAAGGAUUAUCCAAGUGUAUGGUGGAAAAAACGAAAAUCUGAUACUCCAUUACGUACAAUAAAGACAAUUCUUCAUAGUAUGACCCGUGUAAAAGGCAGUACCAUACUCAGUCACUUAACACGAAUAAACAAUACAAAUGAAUCAGAAUUACAGAAUUAUCUUAUUAGGCUAAUUGCGACAUUUAAGCCAGAUGAAAUUAAUAGCAACCCCAAAAGUGCUCUAAAAUCCAGCGGUGCGGGAAAAACUCAAGAACAUUUGUCGAAAUUUACGCAUCAACAGUUGUCCGAAAUAUUUAAAAAGAUUGGAUCUAAAGAACAUACAAAAGAAGGUUUAAUGCAGCUUUACGAUUUUAAACUUCAAUAUCCUGAAGCGGAUGUACAACCUUUCUUGGUAAAAUCUCAUCAAUUCUUUCAAGACUUUAUAGAACAAGGAUUAAGGGAUAUUGAUCAAGCACGAAAAAAUCAAAAUCUUAUAACACAAACUAAUAAUCAGUACUCAGCAGAAAUAGCCGAAUCCGCCAGUUCGGAAGAAAAAAGCCUAAUGGAUCCAUUGCAUAGGCUCGAAAAACUUCGAGCAUCUGAAGCACAAUGUAGAACUACUAGCCAGUCAAGUCCAACAUGAAUUAACCCCUAUUAAUUCUUACUAAGGUUGCAGUGCUUAAAUAACUGGAUUAAGAACCAAUAAUACACACAAUACAAUAUGAAGUAAAUAGUACAUAGACCAGAAAGAAUAAUCGUCGUACCUAAUGUACGUAAUGUUACGCUAUUCAGUGCAACAUUAACUGUAGCAUUUAUGUCUUGAUUUUCUCAGUAACUAUAUAUGUGUUAUAAUGCUAAUUAUCAGGAGUUUAUGUGUUACAACUCUUAAAAUAAUUGCGAACAUGUUAUAGUACUCGUAUGUAUCAAUAUUUGGGAAGGAUAAUUAAGCUAUAAGAAGCUAGUAUUAUGCUCUCUUUAGACUGAUUUUACACAGAAUCGAUUUAUAUUUCGUUAUUUCUUUUAAAAUAAAUCCACUCAUUAAUGUA